AAAUCGCGCUCUCGCGAGCUUCAACGAUGGAUAUUCUCACAAAUAUUUCAUCCACCUUUUGGUCACCUGAUAUUUGGUUACCUCCAAACACGACGUGGGACGACAUCGCGCCGAAUUCGACGAAUAAUUAUGCGGACUAUAGGCACUUAUUAUUUCCAAUUCCUAUGGCCAUCAUCCUCUUGGGCCUUCGAUUCGCAAUCGAAAGGUAUUGCUUCAGUCCGGUGGGGAGAUGGCUUGGAAUAAAAACAACCAGAACAAAGCGAGCACAGCCAAAUCCAAUUUUGGAAAAGGCCUAUGCCAGCAAACACAUUAAGCAUAAGCAGAUAUUAGCCUUGGCGAAGCAGUUAGAUUGGAGUGAACGACAAGUGGAAAGAUGGCUGAGGUUACGACGCUCUCAAGACAGACCGUCGACUCUCACAAAGUUUUGUGAAAACAGUUGGAGGUGCUUGUAUUAUUCAAGCUCAUUUGUAUAUGGACUCGUCGUCUUAUGGGACAAGCCAUGGCUGUGGGACAUCAAUCACUGUUAUUACAAUUACCCCUAUCAUCCAUUAACGAGUGACAUAUGGUGGUAUUACAUGAUAUCCAUGGCAUUUUAUUGGUCGCUCAGCAUUUCCCAGUUCUUUGAUGUAAAGCGAAAGGACUUUUGGCAAAUGUUUGUCCAUCACAUUGCCACAAUUGUUCUGAUGUGCUUUUCCUGGGUGGGAAAUUUGACUAGGAUCGGCUCGCUUGUACUCGUCGUACAUGAUUGUGCCGAUAUUUUCUUAGAGGCUGCAAAAAUGGCAAAGUACGCCAAUUACCAAAAAGUAUGUGACAGUAUAUUUGUGAUUUUCACAGUUCUGUGGAUCGUAACGCGCAUGGGAGUUUAUCCUUUCUGGAUUAUUUAUAGCACGUCGAUAGAAGCACCGAAGAUCGUACCAAUGUUCCCUGCGUAUUAUAUUUUCAAUUCCCUGCUAAGUCUUCUGCUGGUCCUUCACGCGUUUUGGACUUGGUUGAUAUUAAGGAUAGCGUACAAUGCCUUUUAUGCUGGCCAGAUGGAAGGUGAUAUUCGAAGUGACAGUAGCGAAGAUAUUUCUGAUACUUCUUUAAACAAUGCGCCAGACAACAAUUCUGAUAACAAUGUUAGCAGCAAAAAUUCGAAACAAAAGUCAAACUAACGAACAAUACCUGAUUAUGAUGGGUAAAAAUCGAUUUUCACAAAUGUGAAUGCGAAAUUAGACGCUCGUUUUUGACGAUGAAAAUCUCAACGAAUCUAAUUUUACGCACUAGAGUUCUUAACUUAAACCUCUUCAUUGGCAUGUUCAAGCAUUUUUUUCGAUUUACGAAUUUUCGAAUUUACGAAUUUUUGAAUUUUGAGGCGUGGAACUCGUGUUUUUUUUUUUCUGAUAUUUUUUACGAUCGAUAAGCGCUUUUAUACGAGAAACUAGUUUGAGAUAUGUACACUUUUUCAUCAACCAUUCAUCAAACCAAACGUUUCAUGAUUGUCAUUAUUAAGUAGACAAAUAAUAAAAUGUUAAGUC